AUGGACGAGAACGAUCCCGUCGAUGUCAAGUUGCCGAUUGGCGAGAAGCUCCCUUCGUUCAACUUGGUUGAUUCUUCUCUCCUUGAGAAGAUUGAUCGGCUGUUCGCCUGCAAAGCAGGCGACUAUAUUGAUCUGCCCCAGCUCGUCGUCGUAGGACAGCAGUCAAGCGGCAAGAGUUCAGUCCUUGAAGGACUGACUGGGCUCCCGUUUCCCCGCGAUAAUGGUCUCUGCACUCGAUUUGCCACACAAAUCACCUUCCGCCGCUCCAAUGAAUCCAAGAUUUCGGCUUCCAUCAUUCCCUCCAAGGACUGCUCUGACAAGCAUCGAAGGUCUAUGCAGAGCUGGGGCAAAAAAGAGCUCGACAUCCUAGACGCCAAGUCAUUCGCCGCCAUCAUGCGAGAGGUAUGUAAUCUUUUGACCCGGAUCUUGUUUAUUCUUCUCAUGUACCAACUCUAUGCAGGUUAUUGAUUUGAUGGGAGUGGGACCAACAUCCGAACCGGGCUCUCCAGCCUUCUCCAAAGCUGUCCUUGUUCUAGAGAUCGCGGGCCCUAAUCAGGAGCAUUUCAGUGUGAUUGACGUGCCGGGGGUAUUCAAGAAGAUCACCGAAGGGCAGACCACGACAAGCGAUAUCCCUCUCGUUUUUGAAAUGGUCAAAGGGUACAUGGAAAAUCCAAGGUCUGUGAUGCUGACAGUGGUACCAUGCACGUCGGAUAUUGCGAAUGAGGAUGUGGUGCAGCUGGCAGAUGACCUUGAUCCAUAUGGGAACAGGACCCUUGGUGUCUUGACCAAGCCUGACUUAGUAGACGAUGGUGCAGAAGGAGGGAUCCUCAAUGUGAUGAACGGAAAAUCGCACCGCUUGAAGCUGGGAUGGCACCUUGUCCGGAAUCUGGGACAAAAGGAGCUCAAGGUCAUGCCAACUUCUCGGGGAAGUCUGGAAGACAAGUUUUUUAAGACUAAGGCUCCAUGGAACACGAUCGACAAGGCCAAGGUCGGCGUGGUAGCACUGAGGAUGCGGCUCCAGAAAAUCCUCACCGAUCAUAUUCGACGCGAAUUCCCCAAGGUAAGAGCAACCGCCCUGCAAAAUCGAAAAGUGAAUAUUCUGACAGUAGCAAUUAGGUCAAAGUUGAUAUCAGGAAGAAGCUGCAGGAAGCUGAGAAGGCGCUUCGUGUGUUGGGGCCGAAGCGCCAAACUGCACAAGAGCAAAGUCAGUUUUUGACCGACAUCGCAUCCGAAUUUCAGGAUCUCGCCAACUCUGCGUCUCGGGCCCAGUACGUCCAGUCCGACUUCUUUGGAGAAGUCGCACGCCGGCGCCUGGCAACUGUAGCCGUCAACAGAGGCGAGAUAUUUUCCCAGGUGAUGGCCAACAUGGAACACGAGUUUCACUUUGCGGACGAAGAGAACGGCAGAGAUGAUGAAGACGGAGGCCGCGACAGUUCAGAUGAGGACGGGUGCGAGACUCCUAGCUCCGAUGAUGAGCCAUUUGAUUCUGGAACCUCCCGCAAGUCUACCAGGCUAGUUACAGAGGAUGAAGACGUGGUUGACUACGUCACAGAGGCAGAGAAUAUUGAAUCUCCUCGCAGUGACAACAUCCUUGAGUGGCUCACGGGCGUACACCGCAAGAACCGCGGCUUCGAACUUGGGUCGUUUGAUUGCACCCUUUUGAUCAUGACAAUGCAGCACCAGGCUAGGAAAUGGAAGGCUCUAGCCAAGGGCUACAUUAGCGACAUGAUUGCGAUCGUUCACACCCUCGUCUUGGAUCUUCUGAACCAUGUUGUCCCGGAUAAGAACCUUCUGGGAAAUCUGAUGUCAGUUCUGUCGGAGAUCUUGAAGCCAAGUACCUCCGAGCCAUGGAACAGACAGACUUCCUACUCAAGAUCGAACUGGAGGGGACCCCGGCCACGUACAACCAUGCAUUUACUGAGGUUCUGAACAAAUGGUAAGCACUUUGAUUCAUUGCACUCUUAGCUCAACGCUGACAGUCAUAGCCGCGCCGAGCGAGUGAAGCGCCAGCUAGAAUCUCAAGUCCUCAAGAAUGAGUACCUUGGACCAGUUGUCCGGCUGGAUGAUAUUGUCCAGACACACCCGCUGAGCAACAAUGAGCAGGUCGUGCAAGAGAUCCAUGACAUUCUCAAGUCAUACUAUGAGCUUGCCCGCAAGCGCUUUGUGGAUAACGUGCGCAUGUAG